GGCGGCUGUGCGUUACAGCUUCCAACGGGCCAAGUCUCUGGCAGGACGCGACCACCAACUGCUUCGAGAGCAGACGCCACUUGCUACAUCAGCCUCUCUGGGCAUGGGCAGCACUGUCUCCGCAUACGACUUGCCUGCUGCUGACCACCACCAUUCUUCGAUCGUCCGGACCAUGGGCAUGGCGGCAGUCGAGACGAGCAUGACCCACGCCGGCGCCGCGAGCUUUCUCCAGCACGCCGACGUCAUGAUUGCGUCCGUCGACGACUCGUACGAGGGCGGCCACCGCCACACCAAGUACAUCAUCCAGGUCACGGAGCGCGGCCACGGCCACUUCGUUGUCGCGCGCCGGUACUCGCAGUUUCGCGUGCUCGCCGACGCGGUCCGCUCGAUCCUUGCGCGCACCAAGACGCGCGGGACCAAGUCCAACGCGGCCCACGACGUGGCCUGCCUCGCGCUCCGCGGGUUUCAGUUUCCGAGAAAAAUGAUGCACUUUGGCUUCCUCGGCACGCCGUCAACCGCGAAAGAAGUGGUGUUCGACCGGCUCCGGCAGCUGCAUUUGUACCUCCAGACGCUCUGCCACGUUCUGCGCACCUUCCACUGGGAGCCCUCGUCGCAGAAGCUCAAUGCGAUGGCGCGCGACCAGGCCAACAUGCUUGGCCGGCUCCUCCACGGAUUCCUCGCCGUGCCAGCCUCCUUUGGCACCAACCCUAGCGCGUACGUACACACGAACCCGAUGUGCCGGAACCUGGCGGCCGUCUACUGCGCCCAGCACCCCGUGCUCCAAGAGAACGCAUCCAAGAAGCAGCAGGAGUUCGCCGUGCAAGCCGCCCACCGCGCCAAGCCGUACGCGACCAUGAUCGACACGUACGGCUCGACGCUCGAGGCGCAGUGGCACCCGAGCGGCACGAUGCGGUCGUCGCGCGCGCCGUCGUACCCGGUCUACAACCCCAGCGUCAAGGCGUCCGUGGUGCGCCCUAGUAUUGUGUUUUUACACCAUGACGACCCGGCGUCGUCGCUCCAGCUGCAGAACAGCAGCUUGCUCUCGAUGGACGACGACAUUCCGCUACUCUGCAGCUCCGACUGUGGGUCCCCCCGCGACACCAUCUUCCUUGGCGAUUAGCAGCCAAGACCACCUCCUUGUCCUAAGUUAUAUCAAGCUGUACUAUUGUCUGUUGACA